ACGUUUCUUUAUCCCAUAAUUGUAAUCGGAAACAUCAAGCAACAUGAAGGUGGCUAUAGUUCUUUUCUCUGUGCUGGCUCUUAGCCUUUCAGCUCCUCAGCCGAGGAAGAUUUUCCACGAGAACGCUGAGGACUUCCUCGAUCUGAUUUAUGAAGAAGCUGGCCACGAAAUGAUGCACCUGGUCGAACACUACAUCGAGUUCGAAGAGUUCACCAAGUCUCUUGACUACAUGGCCACCCCCAACUUCAGAAAUCUUGUCUACGAAAUGGAAUCUUUACCCGAAUUCAAAGCUGUGAUAGACUUCUUGGAAAAAGAUAAUAUUGACAUCACGUACUUCGUUGAGCGAUUGAAUGAAAUGAUCGAUGAAAUACAAAACGACAAAAGAAAACGCCACACUCUGAGCGGUAGGGACAUGACCGCUUUCAUCAACGACUGUAUCGAUGUCUUCCCUAAGGACAAGCUGACGGCCCUUUACGAACAGAAAAUUGCUGAAGACGAAGAAUUCAGAGUCGCCAUGGAAAACUUGAACAGCGAAGAAUGGGAUCAAGUAUGGAACGCUCUGUGGGAAAGUGAGACCUUCAUUGAGGAAGCUAACAUUCUGCUUGAAAAUGGAAUUGACCUGAAAGUUCUUCUUCGUGAGGUUAAAGCUGUUUUUGGACAGUUCAAGAAAUAAAUUUAAUAUGCAUUUUGCUUGUUGAUAUGCAAAAAUAAAUGUAAUUUAAGUUCACAAAA